AUGCAGAAGAUAGACUCAGAUAAUAUAAUAUCACUCGUUGACUCGAGAAAUCUCGAUUACACUUGGCCCCCGGAACCAUCACAAGGUUCGAUUCCGCCGGACACAGUCCACUGUGGAGGCUGUCGGAUUUCGUACCCUCUGAGCGAGAUCGUCCGCUUCAUCGAGCACAAGGUAAACCAUUGUCGCACCCUCCAGGGCUGUCAUAGUCCUCCCCCGACGACGGCCCACGAGGACUCCGACCCUGAGGACGCUCUGGCGUUGAAAUCCGCGGACCCCGAGAAGCUUAACUCGGUGCCGAGCAUAUCUGCGCCGAUAAACAAGAGGAUCGGGAGAGUCGAGAGCCCUCCUACGCCCCAGGUCAGCGCGACCGACAGUGGCAGCCCCAUCGAGCUGAGAGCCAGCGCGAGCUCAACCCCCAAAAGAAGGACCGAGAACGAUGAGGACAAGGAGGAACUCACCAAGAAAGUCAAGACCGAGUCCGUCGAUGCCGACACCAAUACUAUUAAUUCCGAGCCAAGAUGCCUGCAAUGUUCGCAGUGUUCGCGUCGCCUAACAUCCGCCUGGGACCUAAUCCAGCACGUGCAAAGCGUCCACGGAGCAAGAUUAUACGGCCUGCCAAACUCCUCAGCGAACACAUCAUCAAACACACCGGCGCCGAGCCCACCGACGCCGAACCCUAGUCAUUCCUACCACCUGAGCCCGCCGAACCACCUGAACCUCAGCGGAAAAUCCACCGGAAGUUCCGUAGCGAAUUCCUCCGGUGGAACAACCUCGAGUUCCAGCAGCAGCCGGCAACUUCAAAGCUCCUCCCUAGUCGCAGACCCACUACACAGUUUCCUGCGACUGCCCCAGCACUUGGAACGGAGCCUGCCCCCAAUGUUCAGGCCGGAGUUCCUAGCUCUAAACCCCCUGGCGGGCUACCGAGGCCUCCAGGACCUCCAAACCGCGACGCGGAACCUCCAGAACCUCGGAGACCCGCUCCGCGCAAUGGACGGGCUGAACCUCGGCGACCCUCUCGUCCGAAGUUCUCUAGACACUCUGAACAACGCCCGGAACCUGGCUAAUUUAACGGAACUCUCGCACGCGCGGGGUCUCGGAACCCAGGGUCACCCACCCCAACUCGAAGCGAAUCUGGAUUUUUAUUCGGCGCGCCUAAGGAGCCUCGCUAAUCCGCCCUUAGGCGCGGCUCCAACGAAUCCACCGACAAAUCCCACGAUCGUUUCGAAUGUCGCCACCCCACAGUCCCACCAGGCCCCUUUAGCGGCCCAGCCAACUAACAUCAACAUCAACAACAACAGCAACAACAACAACAACAACAACAACAACAACAACCUCCAGAACUCCUCAAGCGAGUCCCACUUGUCCUCCAGCCCCACGACCCCCGCAAACCUGACAGUCCACGCUUUAACCCAAAAGGAGAACUCGCCCUGCUACAAUCAGAGCCCUCCCGGGCACAACAACAACAACUCCACCGACAGUGAUAAAAUCAGCCAUCCCCCCUCCACCCCGAUAAUAACAGACUCCGCAGAAACAGUCUACACUUGCGAGGUCUGCGAUAAAAAGUUCCGGUUCCAGUCGAACCUAAUUGUCCACAGACGCUGCCACCAGGAAAAAGACCGCCAGUUCCAAGAAUCUCAGGACGGAGGCGCCAUAGCACGCUGUGAAGUCUGCGAGGUCGAACUCUCGAACUUCUCGGAACUUCGCAAGCACAUGCGCAAAGAACACUCGGAUUCUUUGAACCCCGCGAGCCCCCAAGGCAGUGUUGAAACCGUUCCCGACGACGGUUCCAGCUGCGAUGAGAAUAUGGACCUCGAUGAGGGCGACGAGACGGAUCAAAAGACCCGAACCGAGGAAGAGAACACUCCCGAAGACCUCAGUACCACUCAAGGCCAGAGUUCCGAAGAGGGCCUCCAGAGGCCCGACCAAAAGCCCAGCUUAGUCGGGGACCUUAUGGAGAAGUUCGGGCUGAAUAAUAUUGCUCAGUACUCCGAAGCCUACCGCCAGGCCCUCCAGGAGAACCACCGCGGGGGGUUCCUUAAGACCGAGAGUCCCUCGAACCUCACGAACUCCCUGAACAAUAACAAAGAAAAGGACAGCGCUCUUUCUCCGAAUUUUAAUUCUUCCGCGACUGCGAACAUUUUCUCCGGGACUUUUCCGCGCGCGGGACCCGAUUUUGGAGGUUUAUGGCUGCCUAGUGCGCAUUAUCUGGAGAACAGUGAGUUCCGGAAGGUCACCAAGGCCACCACGUCCAGUUUGGCACUCCAGGGGCUGCCCAGUCCGCUUUUAAAGAAGGAACGCCACGGCAGGAACGACACUUGCGAGUACUGCGGGAAGGUUUUUAAGAACUGUUCCAAUUUGACGGUGCACAGGCGCUCUCACACGGGUGAGAAACCUUACAAGUGCGAGCUCUGUUCCUACGCAUGCGCUCAGAGUUCCAAGCUCACUAGGCACAUGAAAACUCACGGCAGGCACGGAAAGGACACUUACAAGUGCCGGUUCUGCGAAAUGCCCUUCUCGGUUCCUAGUACGCUGGAAAAACACAUGAGGAAGUGCGUCGUUGUUGUUCAACAGGGACCCAAAUUGGGACUGCCCUAUCCCGGGAGCCAGGACGAGGACUCAAGUCUUAGCACCAAGGACACUUGA